AUGGGGCAUCCCCCUCUGGAGUUCAGGGACUGCUACCUGGACAGCCCUAAUUUUCGUGAGAGGCUCAAGUGUUAUGAGCAGGAGCUGGAGAGGACCAAUAAAUUCAUCAAAGACGUGAUCAAAGACGGCAACGCGCUUAUCAGCGCAAUGAGAAAUUAUUCUUCAGCUGUUCAGAAAUUUUCCCAGACUCUGCAAUCCUUUCAGUUUGAUUUUAUUGGAGAUACUCUGACUGAUGAUGAGAUUAAUAUUGCUGAAUCCUUCAAGGAAUUUGCUGAAUUACUCAAUGAAGUUGAAAAUGAAAGGAUGAUGAUGGUACACAAUGCUAGUGACUUGCUGAUCAAACCCCUGGAAAGUUUUCGGAAGGAGCAAAUAGGCUUCACCAAGGAGCGGAAAAAGAAAUUUGAAAAGGAUGGUGAGAGGUUUUAUUCUUUGUUGGAUCGACACUUACAUCUGUCUUCCAAAAAGAAAGAAUCUCAGUUACAAGAGGCAGACCUGCAGGUGGACAAGGAAAGGCACAUUUUUUUCGAGUCCUCCCUUGAUUAUGUUUAUCAAAUACAGGAAGUUCAGGAGUCCAAGAAGUUCAAUAUUGUGGAGCCGGUCUUGGCCUUUCUCCAUAGCCUCUUCAUUUCCAACAACUUGACUGUGGAGCUCACACAAGAUUUCCUCCCUUACAAACAAAAGCUCCAGCUAAGUUUGCAGAAUACAAGAAAUCAUUUCUCCAGUACCAGAGAAGAGAUGGAAGAACUUAAGAAAAGGAUGAAAGAGGCUCCACAGACUUGCAAACUUCCAGGACAGCCAACAAUUGAAGGCUAUCUCUAUACCCAAGAGAAAUGGGCUUUGGGAAUAUCCUGGAUGAAAUACUACUGCCAGUAUGAGAAAGAGACCAAAACACUCACCAUGACGCCAAUGGAGCAGAAGCCAGGUGCUAAGCAGGGGCCCUUGGACUUAACCCUGAAGUACUGUGUGAGAAGGAAGACGGAGUCUAUUGACAAGAGGUUCUGUUUUGAUAUAGAAACUAAUGAAAGGCCAGGAACCAUCACUCUACAGGCCCUUUCAGAAGCUAAUAGAAGGCUAUGGAUGGAGGCCAUGGAUGGGAAAGAGCCUAUUUACCACAGCCCCAUAACGAAACAGGAAGAAAUGGAGCUGAAUGAAGUAGGCUUCAAGUUUGUAAGAAAAUGCAUCAAUGUCAUUGAGACAAAAGGGAUCAAGACAGAGGGAUUGUACCGAACCGUGGGCAGCAAUAUUCAAGUUCAGAAGCUGCUGAAUGCCUUUUUUGAUCCUAAAUGCCCAGGAGAUGUUGAUUUUCAUAAUAGUGACUGGGACAUUAAGACAAUCACCAGCUCCUUGAAAUUCUACCUCAGGAAUCUUUCUGAACCUGUCAUGACCUAUAGACUACAUAAAGAGCUGGUCUCUGCUGCCAAGUCUGACAACCUGGAUUAUCGGCUGGGAGCUAUUCACUCCUUAGUAUAUAAACUGCCAGAAAAAAACCGGGAGAUGCUGGAACUUCUUAUAAGGCACUUGGUCAAUGUGUGUGAGCACAGCAAAGAGAAUUUUAUGACCCCCUCCAACAUGGGGGUAAUCUUUGGUCCCACGCUGAUGAGAGCUCAGGAGGAUACUGUGGCUGCCAUGAUGAAUAUCAAAUUCCAGAACAUUGUGGUAGAAAUCCUAAUUGAGCACUUUGUUAAGAUCUAUUCAGGCCCACCUGAGGAAAGUGCUGCACCCCCAGUACCUCCACCUCGAGUGACAGCUAGAAGACACAAACCAAUCACGAUUUCAAAGCGCUUACUGCGGGAAAGGACACUUGGCUAUCAUACCUCUUCCCUAGGUGAAAGUGAAGAUAAAAUUCAACAUCAAACACCCAAUGGUACUAUCACCAGCAGUAUAGAAAUCCCCAAACCACCACAAUACCCCAACCUGCCUAUUCAGAAGAUUGGGGAACCUGAUACUGGGAGAAAGUCCCCAAGCAGACUUGCUUCAGAUGGCAAAUUGGAGUCCUGCCCCGAGGUGGACAUGGGGAAAUUGGUGUCUAAGCUGCACGAUGAAGGAAGGACCAAAGCCACCAAUGGACCUGUGUCAGGCUCUGGGCCCACCAAGGCCCCCUCUUUACACAUAAAGAGACCAGCUCCUCGGCCCCUAGUUCAUCACAAGGAGGGAGACUCUGACAGUUUCAGCAAAGUGCUGCCUCCAGGAGAAAAGCCAACCAUCAUUCGUCCCCCAGUGAGACCUCCAGAUCCUUUCUUCUGGGCAGCUACUCCCCAGAAAACAAAGCCAGAUAUUGUAGCUGGCAAUGCAGGGGAAAUCCCAUCAUCUGUGGUGGCUUCCAGGACCAGGUUCUUUGAAACAGCAUCUCGGAAAACAGGAAGUUCUCAAGGCAGACUUCCUGGAGAUGAGAGUUGA